UUAACAAAAAAAUUUAAUUCAAAAAAUAAGAAAAUUUAACAAAACAAUUUUAAUAAAAGAAAAACAAUUAAGAAAAAUUAAGAACAAUAAAAAAAUUAAUUUAAAAAAUUAACCCUGUGACAACAUUUAUAAAAAAAAAUCCAAAGAUUUUACCUCAGAUAAGAAGUGGAUAAGAGCAUAAAAGCCAAAAGAAGUUUUAUACACAGAAUAAAAAAAAUACAUACAUAUUAAUAUAUAUAUUUAAAAAAAUUCUGAAACACAUAUUAUAAAAUAUUUAAAGAAACUUAAAUGCGACAAACUUUGAAAAAAAGUAAAAAAAUUAACUUUUUCCCCAAAUCAACUUUAAAUGUGAACAACUUUUGAAAAAAGUGAAAGAAAAUAACUAUAGUGAACCAGAAAGCAGUGCAACCGCUGAAAUGUGCUAAGUUCUGCCACGCCCCCAAACAAUUUGUGCAAAAACGGUAUAACAAAACUCAGCCCCCUUCAACUUGCGAGACAAAAGCAGUCAGUAUAAACAGCAAACAUUUUGCCCUCAUUUGCACAGCUAAAAAUGCUCAAUAUGGAGUCACCACAGAUGUACGACACCGUGCAGACACUCUCCCAGCUGGACCUCAAAAAGCAACCACCGCCCCAACAGGCGAUCAUCGGCCAGAUCACGCUGACGGCCAUGUCCAGCGGCCAGCAGCAGCAGCAGAACAACAACGCUGCAAACAAUAUUAACAACAACAACCCAAACAACAACAAUGGCACAGAUGCCAACAACAAUAACAGUAAUAAUGUUGGCAAUUUGGCUGCCGCCGCAGCUGUUGCUGCACAACAACAACAAAACGCUGGAUUGGUGGUCAAACAGCAUGCGGUGCAUCAAAUGCAGCAUGCCGCCGCCGCGCUCAACAAUAACAAUAAUGCCUCCGCCAUUAAUGCGAAUGUGAAUAAUGUGAAUAAUUUGCUGCAAAAACAAAUGCUACAACAGUAUACACAAUCCGAUUUGGAUGAGUUGACCGCGCAGGAGAUCACUUUGGAUCUGCAACACCUGAUCGACGAUCAGUUUCGCGAGCAAGAGGGUUUGGGCAUCUUCAGCGAUAUGGUCACCAGUCCGGGCGGUUUGUCGGCCACGCUGCCGCCCAACGGCAUGGUUAGUGCCGCGGCCAAAGUGCUGCAACAACAUCAGCUACAACAACAAACGUUACGCACACAACAACACAACUAUGGACGCAGCGCUUUGGCCUACAUGCCACAAGCGGUGCACUCGGGCGCAGCAUACAGCAACAAUUCCAGUGAUGAGAACUCCUCGGUGGGUUCGGACUCGUCGACCAUCAAAGAGGAACCCAUCGAUCCGGAAUAUCGCCGUCAUCUACAAGAAACCAAUGCAAAUAAUGCAGCCGCCGCCGCUUUCAUAACAAAUAGUGGCGCCAAUGGGCUCUACAAUCCGUAUCAGACGGCGGCCAACAAUGGGCCGGUGGGCAAUAACGGUGGCAUGAGCAAUGGCGUUGGCGGCGGUGCGCCCAACUUCACCAAUCUGACCUCAGCCAAUGUGUUGGCACAUCACUCUGUGAAUUUACCGCAUUUGGCGGCCGGCGCACACCUACUCAAACACCACAACAAACAGCUGCACCAUCAACGCAAAUCUUCGCUGAAACAUGUCGAUAAGGGUAGCGAAGAGUAUCGUCGGCGACGCGAACGCAACAACAUAGCGGUGCGUAAGUCGCGCGAGAAGGCCAAGGUGCGUUCACGCGAAGUGGAGGAGCGCGUCAAGACGUUGCUCAAAGAGAAGGAGGCGCUGUUGCGUCAACUGCAGGAGAUGACCAACGAAAUCCAGUUACACAAACAGAUCUACAUGCAGCUGAUGAAUCAUGCGAAUCCGGAAGUGAGUCGCGUGUGCCGCAGUUUCCUCAACACCAACGAUCAUGGGCUUUAGAAGCGCCCACAGGACUAUGGCGCACGCGGAGUUGCCAGCCAACAGCUAGAGUGCUGGCGCUUCGAGUCGUGUCGUGCGGCGUACGUGCGUUCGCGUGCGUGAUCUUCGUAAUAUAUGUAAAUAAGUGUGUGUGUUUGGAAGAAGCUUGCAUGGAUCUUUGUAUGUGUGUGUUGCGUGUUAGUUAAAUUUUCGAGCAGCAAAUCUUAUCACUGUGCGCUUAUGAAAUAUUAAAUAAAUUAUAGUUAAGUUCUAAGUUUUUAUACAAAGCUCUGCAAAGUGUAUGUAAAUUGUAAUGUAAAUAGUUUAAAGCGAGAGUCGAAAUAGAGGCAUUCCUCGACAACCUGAAUAUGUAAUAAUAUUUUUAUGUGUAUUUAAAUUUAUGUAUAUUUGUAAAGCAAUACUUCUUUUUUAAAUAUUUUAAUAUAUGUAACUUAUUUGAUAUAACCUAAAAUUUGUAAAAAUUAUUUUUUCAAAUCAAUUUCAAAACAGGCAAAAUUUUUAAAGCUGUUCAAAAUAUUUCGGCAUAAAACAUCAGAGAGAAAGAGAGCAUUGUUUAUAAAUUUUUAGAAAAUAUUUCAAAAUUUGAGUUAUGUUCGAAGUUAUAGCCGUCUUCCAGAAAGUGUUUUUCGAAAUUCAAACUAUUUUCGAAGUUAUAGCAGUCUACCUUAAACGGUCUUUUCGAAACUUCAAUAGUUUUCGAAGUUAUAGCCGUCUUAGUGAAAUUAUUUUUCGAAAUUCAUAUUAUUUUCGAAGUUAUAGCUGUCUUCAUAAAAGGAUUUUUCGAAAUUCAAACUUUUUCGAGCUAUCCUUAAAGGAUUUUCAAAAUUUCCAGUUAUAGCCGUCACCCUAAAAGUCUUUUUCGAAGUUCUAAUUGUUUUCGAUGAUAAAGCAGUCUUUCUAAUAAAAUUCUUCAAUACUCGAACUAUGUCCGAAUUUAUAGCUGUCUCCUUAAAAAUAUUUUUUCGAAAUUCGAACUAUUUUCAAAGUUAUAGCCGUCUCCAUAAAAUUUUUUUUUCGAAACUCAAACUGUUUUCGAGUUUUGACCGUCUUCCUAAAGAACUUUUCAAAAUUUCAAUAGGUUUCUUUUUCGAAAUUCAAGGUGUUUUGGAAUUCUUAACCGUCUACCUAAACAGAUAUUUCGAAAUCACCCAAUCCCGUAAAAUAUUUGAGAAAUUCAAAUUGCUAUCGAAGUUAUAGCCGUCUUCGCGAAAAAAUUUUUCGAAAGAAAAAUUAUUUUCGAAGUUAUAGCCGUCUUCGCAGACAACUUUUCGAAAUGAAAAUUAUUUUCGAAGUUAUAGCCGUCUCCCCAAAUGUUUUUUUUUUCGAAAUUCGAAUUGUUUUUGAUGUUAUAGCUGUCACCAUACUAAGAUUUUUUCAGAAAACAAAUUGUUUUCGAAUUUCUAACCGUCUACCUAAACGGACUUUUCGAAAUUCAAAAAGUUUUCAAAGAAAUAGGUGCCUCCAUAAUCGAAUUUUUUAUAAUAAUAUCAAAAAUUUUUCGAAAUUGUAACAGUCUCCCUAAAGCACUUUUCGAAAUUCAAAUUUAUUUAAGUUAUAGCCGUGUACGUAAAGGCUUUUUCGAAAAUUCAUAAAAGUAUUUUUCGAAAUUCGAAUUUCUUUCGAAGUUAUAGCCUUCACCUUAAUCAAAUUUUUCGAAAUUCAUGUUAUUUUCGAAGUUACAGCUGCCUCUACAAUCGGAUUUUUUUUACAUCAAAUUUUUUUCGAAAUUGUAGCCAUCUUCCUAAAAGAAGUAUUAAAAUUCAAACAUUUUUCGAAGUUCUGGAGUUAAAACGUUAAUUUAAAAAUCUAUCCUUAUUUUCGAAUAGCUGACUUCACUAAAAAAUUCGGGCCUUUAGACCAGACAAUCCUCACAAUUCAACGCAUUCUAUUGGUUAUAUACGAAACGGGUCUCAAAGGGAUGUCUAAGGUAACGGUACAAAAAAUACUAAAAACACAACUCAAAAAGUAGCGAACACAGUUUAAAAACAUCUUUUUAGCAAAACUAUGCACUCAGCUAUCAAACUCAGCUCUUUUUUUGAGCUUAGCCGAAAAUGAAAAAAAAAAUAUAUUAAAAAAAUUUUAAAAACUAUAAAAAAUUAAAAAAUACUUAAAUGAAAUACAUAUAUAGCUUUCUAAAUUUUACAAUGCUUUAUGCUUGAUUAGUUUUCAAAAACCGCCUAUAUAAAUGUAAACUGUCUACUCAAAGGUUUGUACUUAUUUAAAAUAUAUUUAAGCCUAGCACUUUAGCUUCCCUUGCAAUUUAAAUAUAAUUUAAUUAAAUGUAAAAGCAUGUAAGAUAAGCCAAAGAAGUUUUAAGUAAAAUUUAUUAAUAAAAAAUAAAUAAAAUGCUAAAAAUGUACAUGUAAAUAUGGAUAAUGAAGAAUAACGGUAAAAAUUACAGUACUGCAUAAAAGUGGUAAGGUGUUUCGAAAGUUCAUAUAAUACAUUUGAUGUUUUUUUUUCAUAAUAUCGGUGUUUUCUAACUAUAAAAAAGUUCUCAAAACUGUAAAAUUUAAAAUUAUUAGAAAAUAUAUAUUUUUUUUUGUUUUUGGUAUGCCACAUACGUAUUGAAAAAGUUCCGUUAAUAGCUCUUAUAUGUUUUGGCGUGUGUUGAAAAUUGACUGUAAGCUCAAAUUUUUAGGUUUUUUAUUUGAAAAGCGCAUUUGACAAAGAAAGCUUGAAAUUUUAAAAUUAUUUGAAUGAAAAAAUUUCUAAAUUUUUUAACUCCCAUAAUUUUUAAAAUUUUUCUAAAUUAACAAAAUAUUUCAAAAACACAACUUCACACAAAAUAGCUGUAAAUUUUUAUGAAUAUUUCGUUAACGAUUUACAAUAUUCGAUUUGCUGCUGUUUUCAAUAUUUAUUCCAAAUAUUUUUUUUUUACAUAUUUUUUAAGAAGUCUAAGUGUCCAAAAGCUUUGCUAAUGUGUAUGUCUGUAUGUUAUUAAAAUUAUUGUAUUUUCAAAAAA